AUGGAUCCGAACCAGGAAGCGGAGAGUUACUUAGCUGCCCAGAGGGAAGAGGGCCAUCGGUGGAUGACCGAGGACUGGCUCAGCCGACCUGUUCUGCCUGUCUCGUCCGCCCAGAGCACCGCCCAGCGCACCGCCCAGCCUCGAGCUUCCGUUGCUCCUUGCGCGGGCCCGAUUUCGACAGUCGCUUCGGAAGCGCCAACUCCUCGUCCCGUUCCCGCCGCGAGUCCGAAGCCUCCAGCUGCUGUUCCCGUCGCUGUUCCCGCGGGUCCUCGCUCUCCUGUCGUUGCGGUCGAGAAACCCAAGUCUGUCGCUUCGCCUGCAACUCUCUUCGUCGCCGGUCCGAGUCCCGUUGCUGCUCCGGCUGCAUACUACUAUCCAGUUCCCACGCCUAUUGCUGUUCCAGCAGCAUACUUUCCUGGUCCCCGCACUCAUACUGCUGCCUCGGCAGUAUAUAAUCCUCGUCCGACUUCUCCUGCUACUUCGGUAGCAUAUUACGAUCGACUAGCGGCUCCCACUGCUACUGCAGCAGCGUCUUCUAGAGUCGCUGCUCCUCCAACACAUAGUGUCGCCGGACCGACAUUUCGUCAAGUUGCUGCUCCUGCAGCUGGUGAAGCUGCAAUUCUUCCAGGUUAUCAGAUUGGAGCUUUGAUCAAAUACAUCAAUACUCCCACACCCCCCGUACCUGCUCCCGAGCCCGCUACCCCGUCUGUGCACACGCCUGCACCUGAAUCCUGGCAGCGUAUCCCCACCUCAACCGUCGAUCCAAGUCUAGCUUCAUAUUUCCGCGAACAUCCCCGCGAAGAAGCUCUUGUCCGGACAGGUGCCUAUCGCCUCGGUUUCGUUCCUCCUAAGCCGCGUCCAUCAGCCCUCAGAAAAGACCCCGAGGCCGCCGAAAAUCCCAACGAGCAAUCAACCAAGAACAAGAAGAAGAAAGUCGCCUUCAAUAAACGGACCAAUUUCAGGGAGUAUUUUGAUAAGAAUCCUAUCAGCAACGACCCUUUUAACACCUGGGACGAGGACGUCUAUUCGGAACCCGAAAACAAGAUGGCGGAACCACGUGCUCGUGUCGCAAGACACAAGGGACAGAUGAACUUUCCCACUGAGCUUCGUCUCCUUCUGCAAGCAUACGGUGACCCAGCUCCCCACAGCUCUUUCCCGCAAGAGCCUCUCCCCGAAACAGUUCGUGUACUCGACGAGAUUGUCACGGACUUCAUCCUCGAAUUGUGCCACGGGGCCGCACAAGUCGCACACCACGCCCGCCGACAGAAGAUCAAGGUGGAUGAUUUCCGCUUUGCACUGCGCCGGGACCCGAACAAGCUUGGUCGUGUGCAGGAGUUGCUGCGCAUGGAGCGUGAGCUGAAGGAGGCGCGGAAGGCAUUUGAUCAGAAUGAUGAUCAGGUCGCCAAGGAUGCUGGAAAGAAGGGCAAGGGCGCUGCUUCGGAUGAUGAGCCCACAGAUGCUGGAAAGAAGAACAAGGGCAAAGGGAAGCGUGCCGCUCGACGAGAGUCUGAUGCCACGGAAGAGUCAGUUCCUAAGAAGCGGAAGACCACCGGUUAA